UUGGUCUGGUACUGUUCGAAACAAGUUAAGUGAUAUCGUCUGCAUCAGUCUACCGCUGGCUUGUCUUUUCGUAGCUUGCUGAAGUUGAGUCGGACGCGUACAAGUACAAGCACCAACCAUUCGUUUGCCAGCUUUCUGUGCCUGGACGGUCUUCUGAGGAAUUUUUCAUGUGAAAAUUUCAAGACAGCCUUGUGUCGGAGUGCUUUAUGGGGAUACCUGUGUGAAGAGAAACCGGUGACUCUGGAAUAAUAACAAUCUCGCCAAAUAUGCUCGUUGUGACUCGAACAAAUGAUGGAAUUAGACCAAAGUGCCGCACCGAAGCAACUGGUAUUCGCUAAGAUAGAGAAAAUAAUUCGAGAUAUGCAGCACCAUGAACGAGGGAUCAAGACAAGGUCGCAAAAGGUGUUCCUGACAUCCAUCCCUUGUGCGUUUACAGGUUCAGAACUGAUUGAAUGGAUCAUGGACAAACUUCAUGUUCACAACACCAUAGAGGCUGUGCACAUUGGCAACCUCAUCUGCCAGUAUGGUUAUAUCUUUCCCGUUCAAGACAUGAAGGUGGUCGUGCUGAAGGAUGACUCGGCACUUUACCGGUUCCAGAGCCCUUACUUUUGGCCCUCCCAGAGUAAUUUAGAUCCCGACAACACUGAUUAUGCUAUCUAUCUGGCCAAGAGAUCAAUGAGGAACAAGCAACAGCAUGGAUUGGAAGAAUUUGAAACAACGGCUUUUAACAAACUUCAACGAAUGCUGAGACACAAGUGGGACUUUGUGCUUGUUCAAGCUCAAGAACAACUCAGGCUGGCCAAGCAUCGGAAGAAAGCUGACAGGCUGGUUGUUGAUAGCCAAGAGAAAGCCUACUGGAAGACACACAGACCUCCGCCUGGGCAGAUCAACUCACUUGAGAAGGACAUACGGAGGUCAUACAGGCCCUUUGCCCUGGUUCAGAGCAAGAAGCGUACCGUAGAAGACCUGAAAAAAGAGGUAGCUUAUUUACAAAGACGGUUAGCAAAAGCCAAGAUCACCACUCACAAAGCUGUCGAGGGGAUGGUCAGACGAUGCAACCGCUACGCCGAGCACGACCCGUUCUUGGCCGGGGCGCAGCCUAGCAACCCCUGGAUAACAGACGACACCACAAUGUGGACGCUCAACACAAUGCUGGUGGACACACCCACCGAGAGACGGGUCCGUCGGUGGUGCAUCAGCCUACGGGAGCUCCUGCGCGACGCCACAGGCCGGCAUGAGUUUGAGAUGUUCCUAAAGAAAGAGUACAGCCAGGAAAACAUCCGCUUCUGGCAGGCCUGUGAGCAGCUGAAAUAUGCCCCACAGUCGUCGGUGCCGGAGCAGGUGCACGAGAUAUACAGGGAAUUCCUGGCACCUGGGGCACCCUGUGAAAUCAACGUGGAUGGCAGGACGGUGGAGAUGACCCAGCUUGCCUUGCGCAAGCCCAACCGCUUUGCCUUUGAGGCUGCCCAGCACCACAUCUUCCUUCUGAUGAAGAAGGACAGCUACCCAAGGUUUCUCCGCUCCAACGAAUUCAAGAAGCUGCUGACCAACGCCAUGCAUACCAACAUCAAAAAGAAAUUCUUUCCAUUUGGACGGAAUUUAAUGCGCACAGCCAAAGUCACGCCUGACGCCACCCCAAUGUCUCUCAGGAGGCGAGGCAGUUUUGGUGAUGAGGAAGGGGAGGGACAGUCCAUCGGGGAGACUGGUAUGGUACACUCUCUGAGUGCCAGCAACCUCCAUGACUAUGAGAUGACUAAAAUAUACUCAGAUGCACAGAAUGGUCACAGUACAGAGGAGAAUGGCAUCAAACAAACCAAGCAACCAAUGAGGUUUUCCUCCUUACAACCAAUCCACUCAGCAGUCCUGGUGCGCAACAGCUCACUGACCAGGCUGGAGCUGGCCAGUUGUAAUGGCCAGGCCCAGAGGCCGGGGUCUGGGGACAGAGACAGCACCUCCCACUUCACCACCACCACCUUCACAGUCAGCAGCAACAGCCACACCAACACCAACAACAGCACCUGCCAGCUCUUCACCGUGCCCAUCUGCAACCUGCCCACCAAGAAAAGCCUUAUCACACCGUGGGAGGAGGAUGGCAGCUGACCCUAGGUCACAGGGUCAAUGUUUGUGGCACCACAUAGCCCCUGUAACUCAACUACAUGUAGAUAAUAUAAGAACGUGUAAUAUAUGAAAAGAAAAAAAGUUUAUAAAAUUGUAAUUGAU